AUGUUACUAACUAGCCCUGUCGAAGAACCCGAAGAGUAUGCAGAAAUCCCAAGCCCCGUUGACGAUCGAUUGCAAUUCUUCCGAAAUGUAUCGGUGUUUCCCAACACAUCACCACCCCCUUUCUCAUCGCCCCCCCAAAAUAACGAACCGAACGCAGGGGGCGACGAUUUGGGCGAUAUAGAUCAAUUCCACAUAAAGAUUGGGAGGCAAAAGCAUCCAUUCGCUAAAGAUAUCGACUACGAUGAAUUCGAGAAUGAGCUAGACAACAUAAUUAUAGUGGAGGAAGACGAGAUGCGUGCAUACCGUCCAACCACUGCCGAACAGCUGGGAAUGGGAAAACCUUUAAACUAUUAA